AUGUCGCCUGUUGUCCUCCGUCCCCGCGCCGACGCCUCUGCGGCCGCUCUUCCCUCGGGCCAUGUCCAGAUCAAACCCGGACCCUCCGUCGACGUCGAGUACCCUCCCAUGCGCACCAACACCGACCACUCGUUGACCUACAAGGGUCCUUGCUCUGGCUCCUCGCUCGGCGAGCGCACCGAGUUCCCCUUGACUGGCGGCAAGAUCUUCCUGUCGCAGCGCCAGCCCGUCGACAACAUCAACUUCCUCUGGACCGGCGAUGUGUCGAAGGAGCCGCACGAGUUCCAGACUUUCGGCGACCCCACCAUCAUCGACGCCGAGGCCGGCCACACCUGUGCCAACGGCCCUGACUUUGCCUCGCUCGGCUUUAAGGCUGGCGAUGUCGCGACCAUCAUGGUCAUGUACCAGGCCGACGGUCCGCCCAAGAAGGGUCUCGACAAGCGCUGGCAGUACCUCUGCUCGGACGUCAAGCUGACCGACGACAAGAGCGUCGGCGCCGACGUCUGCGUCAACGUCGGUGAGCAGCGCAUCGCCCAGGCCGACGAGACCAUGAAUGUCACCCUCUCCUCCGACUUUUCCCAGAACGGCAAGAAGAGCGCUUCGGUUGCGUCCACCUCCUCCGGUCUUUCUCCCACCGAGGCUGGAGGCAUCGGUGCCGGUGUCACUGUCGGUGCCUUCCUCCUCCUCGCUGGUCUCCUCUUCGCUCUCGGCUUCCGCCUGAAGAACAAGAACAAGGAGCGCAUCAUCAUGGACGACUCGUCGUCCACUUCGUCGUACCCCCGCAAGGACCCUCAGAUGAUGUCCCGCGCUUAG